CGGGGUCUCAGACGCUCUGGAGGAAGUUCUGUGAGCCAGACAGACACAGAGCUGAGGCUGCGACGUCGGAGACCGGGGUGGGAGGGCCGCUUGCGGCCGGCCCGGAAUCGGGAAGCCAGGAGCCAGAAAGCCAGGCACCUGUAUGAAUCCCGGACCUCCCAGCCUAGUCCAAAAGCUGGACAUCGUCGGCCACUCCAGCUUCGUGGGCAAACAUCUGUGAGAGGAGCUGUGGGGAUGGCACACCUGCUAGGCAGCCAGGCUUGUAUGGACAGCCUGCGCAAGGACCUCACCGACCUGCAGGGCACCAUUGUGGAUGUGUUCUCUCGUGCUGGGCCUGUGCGCUUCCCCUCCUGGAAGUUCCCUGACCGUGUGGCCUGUGACCUUGACAUGGUGGCCCUUCUGGAGCACUAUGACCAUGUGCCAGGUGACCCUGAGUUCACACAGUUGUCCCAUGCCGUGCUGCUGGAGCUGGUCAUUGACAGGCUCCUGCUGCUGCUUCAGAGUUGUGCCAGCUACCUGGAAAACCUCAGUGUGGAGCAGAUGAUGCCUCCUGCCCGGGCUGCAGGGCCAUGCAUGUCCGUGGGGCUUACAGUACGGCGCUUCUGGAGCAACCUCCUUAGGCUGGGCCUGCUCUACCAGCAGGCAGUCCCCCAGAAAAGAACAAACCAAGGGGAGAUUUCUAUCACCAAGCCCACAGCUAAGGGUGAACCAGCCAGGAGCCCGGAAUGUAUGACUGCCAAGUUCAUCAAGCCUCCCUCCCCGGUGCCAGGCUUGCCUUUGAUCUGCCAAGGGUUGCAGAGCAUCCCUGUCAGAGUCUCCCUGCGGAGCCCAGGUGGGACCUCUGAGAAAACUAAGAGCGUCCACUCCCAGACCAUCGAGACAGCCUUGGUGCCCUGUGAUGCUUGCACCAGUGUCCAGGGCAGCUUGUGGGAGGUGGGCAAGGUGGUUAUCAGCCUAUGUCAGAGCCAAAACUUGCCUUCAUCCUUGGGCCAGUUCCAGAAGUUGGUGCAGGACAGCCUGGGGCUUAAACCACUGCCAGCUGCCACCGUGAGCCACUGGGCAGCAGAGCAGAGCAAAGACCUGACUCGUCUCAAUAAACAUGUGGGGACCCUCACCCAGCUUGUUGGGCCCCUCAGGGCUCAGCUGAAAGAGGCUGAGGGGCAGAAGGAUGGACUGAGGAAGCAGGUGAGCAAGCUGGAGCAGACCCUGCAGCAGGAGCAAGGGGAGCGGCGGCAGCAGACAGAGGAGGCUGAGCGGACCCUGGCCAAGUGGGAGCAUGACAGGCAUCAGCUGCUCACAGAAACAUGUGACCUAAAGACAAAGGUGGCUGUUCUGGAGGGAGACCUGAAGCAGCAGCAGAAGUCCAUGCAGGCCAUGGAGGCCAAGGCCCAGCAGCUGGAGGUGGAAGGUGAGCGUAGGGCAGCAGCUGAGAGGCAGGUGCAGCAGCUGGAGGAGCAAGUGCAGCUGCUGGCGGGGCGGCUGGACGGGGCUAGCCAGCAGAUCCGCUGGGCCAGCACGGAGCUGGACAAGGAGAAGGCCCGCGUCGACAGCAUGGUCCGUCAUCAGGAGUCCCUGCAGGCCAAGCAGAGGACUUUGCUACAGCAGCUGGACUGUCUGGACCAGGAGCGGGAAGAGCUGCGGGGAAGUCUGGAUGAGGCUGAGGUCCAGCGGUCUGAGUUGGAGGAGCAGCUGCAGAGUCUCCAGAGCGAUAAGGAACAGAGACAGUGCCAGCUACAGGCCCAGCAGGAACUACUGCAGAGCCUGCAGCAGGAGAAACAGGACCUGGAGCAGGUGACUACAGACCUGCGGCUGACCAUCUCUGAGCUACAGCGGCAGCUGGAGGAGCUGAAGGAGCGGGAGCGGCUGCUGGUGGCCUUCCCAGACCUGCACCAGCCAGAGGAGGCCCAAAUCCAAAGCUCUAGCAAUGUCACGCAGGACAUGGAAAGGCAAGUGCAAGCCAAUGAUAUCCGUAUCCAGGUCCUACAGGAGGAGAACAAGCGGCUCCAGGCGAUGCUAACCAAAAUCCGAGAGGUGGCCCAGCACGGAGGCCUCAAGAUGGUCCCUCAGGGCCAGCUCUGGUCCCCUUCCUACAAGGGCAUCCAGGGAGCAGCACCUCCAGCCCAGGCCCAGAGUGCGUUCUCAGGAUCGACAGCCAGGCGGCAGUCUCCUGGCAGCAGGACGAGCAGUACAGGCAGGACCCAUCCAGGCGGGCUCCGCACAUCCCCCUCUCGGCAGCUCGGCAGCUUGCCCAGCAAGUUCUCUUUGGGGGAUGGAACCCAUUCAGCAACCUGCACCCAGAACCCCAUAAGGGCCUUGGCCAGGCUGAGGAGAAAGCUUUCACCGAACCGUCAGGCUGGUUCUACAUACCAACCUCAGGAGCGGCCCACGUAACCUGCAGCAGGGGUAGGGCUGGAGGGCAGGUGGCUAGCAAUCUCCCAUGGAAUAAAAGCCCCAGCCAUCUGCCCACUGCGAUCUUGGCCUCAGCGUGGCUGAGCUGGGGGAACAGACCUUCCCUCCUUAUUGGGUAAGGUCCUCUGUGAUCCCACAUGCAAGUUACUGGCCAGUGGAAGCUUCGCACUGAGUUGGGAGCUUCCUGUCUGCAUCCUGACAGGUGCUGUGGGAGGACCACAUUGAGAGGCAGCAUCAGAGCCAAGUGAAGCCAGCCUUUGUGUCCCAUAGAGAGGGCUGAGGGGUAACUCCGCAUUCACUGGCCAGCACUCGGGGUAGGCGUGGGGUGCGAGGACACAUCUGAAACAACCAGCUAGGCUAGGAGCUGGUCCUCUGGUUCAGCAAGGCAGGCAGAGAGCAGUGUUGCCUUUGCCUUCCACCUGGGCUCUGCAUCUGAUACAGGACCAAAGGGCAGCAGGCAGCUCACCAGGGAGUUUGUUGUUCCUCUAGGAACUACUGGGAUGUCCCUCUUACGUCCUAGAAGUCAGAGCCCCACCAAACCAUUGGAGGACAGCCCAGGCCUUUGGAUACCUUAGCCAGGAUGACACAAGAUGGAGCAAGGAUGCUACCAGCCACACCAUGCACACAGUGGUCAAGUGGUCAUUCUUCUAAGCAAGCCACUAGCCUACCUUGAGUCAUGUUGUUUGUGAUGGACAGAC